GAUGCCGUGCAUCUGCUUUGUCGCUAGAAGCGAAAUCGCUCUAUACUUGGAGCACGGGCAGGCACUGUGUGUUGGCCAAACUUCAAGAUUUAACAAUUGAUCAGUUUCGCGAGAUACGCCAAAAAGCGGGUGGCUUAGUUAUACUGCUACCCAAGAAUGUUAGCGCAAUGACUUUUGAAGAGAAAGAGCAUCUCAUUUUGCUGGAACAAGCCAUGCUGGCACAACCGAACUCAAUACCUAUUUACUUUUCGCCAUACAAUACUGAAUUGGAACGCAUUAUUUCAGACGUCACUCGAACCAGCAGUAAUAAUGUUGAAGGCAAAUCCCAGCGUAGUUCCGCUGCAGCAGAACUGUUUGCUUCAAUCUCAGCUAAUGGAUAUCAGGUUAUUGUGUCUGGUGCCAGUCACGCGGCUAGCAAGAAUAGUAAAAUUCCAAUUAUCCAAGGUGAACUGGCAGCAACUUCAAAACUAUUAAAACAAGUUGAAGGCGGUAGUGAAGUCAACAGCAAAUUGCCAUUGAUUAUAGUGGCGGCGCAUCUCAACACUUUUGGACUAUAUAAUGAUUACCCACUAAACGCUGAUGCCGCUGUGUUGCUUACACUGGCCGAAGUAUUCAGCAAAAUGCACAAUACUCCAAAUGCAGUUCCUAAGUAUCGACUGCUGUUUUUACUCACCGAAUCGGGUACACUUUUGAAUUUCCAGGGCGUCAAGAAGUGGCUGGAUGAGAAUGUACAGCUGCAGGAGGACCUGGUGUCCAUUACGGGCACUUUGAUUGCGGCCAAAAAAGCAAAUAGCAUUAAAGAUGAGAACGUUGACUUCGUAUUAUGUUUGGAUACGAUUACACAGCCAUUGAAUGCUGAAACAGGAAGUCUUUAUAUGCACGUUUCUAAACCACCCAAAGAAGGCACAGCAAUGAACGAUUUCUUCAAACUACUCAAAACUUUAGCCGCACAAUACGGCAAUGUCGCAGUCGAUGGUGUGCACAAGAAAAUCAAUUUAGCCGAUAUACAACUCGCCUGGGAGCAUGAACGUUUUAGUAUGAAACGAUUGCCUGCCUUCACAAUAUCUGCGCUAAAAUCGCCCAGAGAGCCCGUGCGUCCUACUAUCUUCAAAGAGUCCGAUGCUCAGAUUAUUGCGCAAACUCAGCAACAUGCCAAAAUAAUUGCUGAAUCAUUGGCUCACUAUGUCUAUGGAAUACAAGAGCCAAAUGAAAUUUUUGCCGGUGAAUUGCAAAUUAACAAAAACCUCAUCAAAUGCUACCUGCAGCUAAAAUCCGCGCUACAUAACAACGACCUGAAAAAUGCUUUCGAAAAGUACCUAAAGAAUGUGAAAAUAAUGUAUGAUAAACCUGAUACACGCGAUCCGGACUUUAUGCUUUAUGAGGGUCAAGAGGCCCGCCUUAACGUGUAUCAUGUAAAACCUGCCGUCUUCGAUCUCUUUCUGACCAUACUCAUCUGCGCUUACCUCGCAUCUGCGUACUUGUUCAUACAAUACUUCCCUACACUCUACGAUACAGUUUGUAAAAUGACCAAAGUGCAAACGCAACCGGCGCAAGCCAACCAUACUAACAACACAAAGUCAAAAGUUUAUUAAUGAAAUUUAUUUAAAAGUGUGUGAUCCAAAAGUUUGUGUCCACACGCGAAUGUAUAAAAAGGAUAUCGCAACCAAAAACGUUGCGAGUAGCAUAGGAAAAGGUGUAACUUUGUAAAAAAAAGACUAGCGGAUUCAAGUAUGAUAAGUACUAAAAUCAGUAAUUCAUUUAUAUGUAGUUGAAUACGUAAUUUGAAUAUGAAAAGGUGAAAGGUUGUUAUGUUCAAUAAAGCGGUAAGGAAUGC